UGCUCCUGAAAUCGAACCCCGUCAAUUCCACCAUACUUUGCCCAGCGCUCGCUGCAAGCCACCCGGAUCGCAGACGCGUCCCAAACCACGACCACACGCAUUUCGCCGCAUUUAUCGUUACGCAUGGGUCCAUAGGGCGGUUGGAAACGCUCAGCGCCGUGCAACCUCCAAUCCGGGGAGCUGAAGAAGAGAAGUCCUUUGGGCUCCAAUCGGACGCUUUCGCGACAUGCACUUGUGCUGAGCCCAACCACAUACAUAUAUAUAAGCACAACGCUCUAGUUGCGCCUUCUCGACACACACGAUGGACAGCGCGACGAUGACUAUUGGGGCCCCGGCAGGAGGGCCUCCGGGGCGGCCUGGGAGUCCAUUUAGUUCGUCAGGGAGAUUGUCUUUUCCUGAUGUGCAGUCCGUCGUGAUGCCUACGGGAAAGGCGUUAGUGGAAGGGUACAGGAAAGACAUUCUCAAUGGCUUCGAGCAGGAGAAACCGACAUAUAAUCCUUUGAGCGAGAAUCGGCCGCAGAGAUCCGCCCACGUUGAUCUGAAAGACCCGAUCCAGGUACAUUUGCUGACGGAAACAGCCCUCUCCGACAGCAAGGCCUACGAGAUAUUGUCGCAAGAAGAGGUGGACGACUUGAAGAAACAAAUUCAGUCACUGUCGAUGCGCAUCGAGCAGGCCCGCGCGAACCUCGCAAUCCAGACCAAAUACCGCGAUGCUGCGAUAUCCAUGGCGAGGCUCUACAUGCCAUCCAAGGCUGAGGGCAAAAGGAAGAGCUUGUUGGGUAACCGCAUGAGCGACUCUGCCAAGGAGGCGGAGAUGGAAAGGUUGGCGAGCGAGCGCCGCUGCGAGGAGCUUGCCGCGGAGCUGUUCUCGCUAGAGAAGCGUCUGAUGGAACCGCAAAGGCGGCUGCUCCAGCACACGGCUGGCAUCUUGCAAAUGACACACCGCGCGUCUGCUAAGAAGUCCGGCCAGGUGCCUGUCGGGCCUAUGAUGAACGGCAUUCCCGGCAGUCCGGAGAGCCUCUACACCUACACCAACACCCGCAACAGCAUGGAGAUCCCCCAAGAUGACCUCAGCUUUGACAGGGGUCUCUACCUCCCUCUUGAGCAGGCCGACGGCCCGCCAGCGCUUCCCCGGAAGAACCCUAUCGAGAUACCCCUAAAAUCACCUAUCCGCGAGCAGAACGCUCAGCUGAGAGAACUGCGUGAGGAGGUGGAGAAACUGAGAGAGGAGAACGAGCGGAUUCUGGAGGAAAACAUGCAGCUGAAGACGGCAGAACAGCAGCUGCGCGAGGACCAGGCAUUCGCCAGGGAUGAGAUCUCACGGCUCCAAUCGAGGGAGCAGCAGCUCGUGGAAGAGCACGCCAGGGCCGUAGAGGAAGCCUCACGAAUGAAGGAGGAGACCAACCGUUUCCAGGACGCUGACUCUAGGCUCAAGGCCCUCGAGAAUCAGAUGACCGUGGAGAUCGACGCUCUCCGGGCGCAGACCGCCGGCCAGCUUCAAGCCGCCUCAGACGCUGAGGCGAAACUUGAAGCCUUGAACCACAAGCUCCGGGAUGUGAUUGUGGCUUUCAACCCCACCAAGAACGAAGGAUUUGAUAGUCCCGAUCGCGCCACUGGUUCCGGUGCGUCGCUCACCGGCCAGCUAGAGUACAUGGAGAAAGCCCUGGCCGCUGCUGCGGAAGAGCAGAAACUGCUCGCAGCUGAAGUAUCGGCAUCAUCCGCCGAGACUGCUGCGAUCACGUCCUCUCUUAGUCACUUAGAGGCGUCGCUCGGCCACGCCAGCACGCGGUCUCAGGCUUUGAUACGUCAGGUGUUGGACAUGCUGCAGCAAUCAAAUCUCGAUCUGCCGCCGCCCCCUGAAGGCAGCUUGGACGAUCAACUCGGCUAUCUCGAGCAAGCACUCGAGUCCCUCGGCUCGGAGCUAUCCCGGGCACUCGAGGCGUCGUCGUCUGCUUCCGCUAGGAAGCAGGACAUCGACCAGGUCGACGCAGUUCUCAGGGGUUUGUGGGAGAUUAUCCAGUCGGGCUUUGCUGAGAUCGAGCAACAAAAGACAGCCCGCCGGCAAAACCGGGCCCUCGGCCAGAACGGCGGGGAUGAUGACGAGGAACUGUCGAGCACCGAGUUCGAGAGCGACAUCAACGAGCCAUACUCUUUGCAAGCCUUCUCAGCUAAGGUCCAGUGGCUGUAUGCGCAGGUAACCGGUCUCCGGGAGCAAAAGUAUAUCCUCCAGCGCCAGAUCAAGCAGCAGCGCGAGCUCAACAACCGCAGCGAGACCGAGAAAGACCUCGAACUAAAGGCAAAAUCCGAGGAGCUCGAACGUACUCAGCAUCUCCUCGACCAAGCCGAGCGCGCCGCCGCCGACGCGCAAUCUCAGCUCGAGCAAGUGCUCGCCGACAUGGACACGCUCCAGAAGACCACCGCCGCCAACGAAGCCGCCUUGGCCGCCUCAACGAAGACCGCCCAGGACCAGCUCCAAGCCCGCACCGCGCGCAUUGCCGCCCUCGAGGCCGACGUGCGCGAAGCCGAAUCCCGCCUUGCCACCGCCGAGGCCUCCGUGGCCGCCACCCAAUCCCAGCUGGCCGAAUCCAACACCGCCCGCGCCGCCGCCGAAGCCGAACUAAGCUCGCUCAGAGCCCAACUGACAAACGCCGCUGCUGCCGCGGACUCCGCCGCUGCGGAAGUCUCCAAGCUUCAACAGGAGUUGCAAUCCAAGGAUGCCGAGCUCGAUCGCAUGAACAUGAUGGUGGUCGAGCUCAAAACGGAAGUCACCGUCGCCAAGGCCGAGCUCGACGGGGCGUACGGCUCGCGCAAACAGCGCGCCGCCGAGGCCGCCGCGCUUUCCAACUCUUCGCAGUCCGAGGAGCUCAACAAUACUAUUACUCGCCUGCGCGCCGAGCUGGAGAAUGCGCUGCGCGAUCUCGAGGAGGUGACGCGCGACUCGAUCGCGGCCGAGAAGGAGCGCUUGGAGAUCGAGGCUCGGCUGGAUCAGGUGCUCGCGCACAAGGAGGAUUUGGAGGCGGAGGUGAGCAGGCUAGGCCAGAGGCUCAUGCGCGUGCAGGAGGAGCUCGACCAGGAGCGUUUGAAGGCCGUCCCCAGCCCCGGGAGGGCCGGGAUGGGCGCGAGUGAGUUGAGCAAGCAGUUCAGGGGCGUGAUGAAGGAGGAGAGGCGGAAGUUCCAGGAAGAGAUCAGGGUAAGCUCUGCUGUUUUCUUCUUUUUGCUGUGCUGCCUGCGUUGGUGAGGGGGGG